CCAGCCUGGGCCGGGGGAGGGGGUUCGCACCAUGGCCGCCGCGCAGCCCAAGCUCCCCGCUGGGGCGGCCGCGGCUCGGCGCCUGGCCCGGGGCUGCUGGUCCGCGUUCUGGGACUACGAGACGCCCAAGGUGAUCGUGGUGAGGAACCGGCGCCUGGGCGUCGUGUACCGCGCGGUGCAGCUGCUCAUUCUGCUCUACUUCGUGUGGUACGUGUUCAUCGUGCAGAAAAGCUACCAGGACAGCGAGACGGGCCCCGAGAGCUCCAUCAUCACCAAGGUGAAGGGGAUCACCACGUCCGAGCACAAAGUGUGGGACGUGGAGGAAUACGUGAAGCCCCCAGAGGGGGGCAGCGUGUUCAGCAUCAUCACCAGGAUCGAGGCCACCCCCUUCCAGACCAUGGGAACCUGCCCGGAGAGCAUGAGGGUCCACGAUGCCACCUGCCAUUCGGAUGACGACUGCGUGGCCGGGGAGCUGGACAUGCUAGGCAAUGGGCUUCGGACUGGGCGCUGUGUGCCCUAUUACCAUGGGGCCUCCAAAACCUGCGAGGUGUCCGCCUGGUGCCCAGUGGAGGAUGGGGCCUCUGUCAGCCAGUUUCUGGGUAAAAUGGCCCCAAAUUUCACCAUCCUCAUCAAGAACAGCAUCCAUUACCCCAAGUUCCAGUUCUCCAAGGGCAACAUCGCAAGCCAGAAGGACGACUACCUGAAGCGCUGCACUUUUGACCAGGACUCUGACCCUUAUUGUCCCAUCUUCAGGCUGGGCUUCAUUGUAGAGCAGGCAGGGGAGAACUUCACAGAGCUGGCACACAAGGGUGGUGUCAUUGGGGUGGUCAUCAACUGGGACUGUGACCUGGACCUGUCUGAAUCAGAGUGCAACCCCAAGUAUUCCUUCCGGAGGCUUGACCCCAAGCACGUUCCUGCCUCCUCAGGCUACAACUUCAGGUUUGCCAAGUAUUACAAUACAAAUGGCACCACCACCCGCAUGCUCAUCAAAGCCUAUGGGAUUCGAAUUGAUGUCAUCGUGCAUGGACAGGCAGGGAAGUUCAGUCUCAUCCCCACCAUCAUUAAUCUGGCCACUGCUCUGACCUCCAUUGGGGUGGGCUCCUUCCUGUGUGACUGGAUCUUGCUAACAUUCAUGAACAAAAACAAGGUCUACAGCCAUAAGAAAUUCGACAAGGUGUGUACACCAAGGCAUCCCUCAAGUAGCUGGCCUGUGACCCUUGCCCUUGUUUUGGGCCAGGUCCCUCCCCUGCCCAGUCAGUACUCCCAGGACCAGCCACCCAACCCUCCAUCAGGCCAGGAAGGCCGACCUCGGGACAAGGGGCAAAGUUAGGCCUGACUGAUUGGCCCCCACGGCCUUGUCCCAUCUCUGCCCCGUCUGAGCAGAUGGUGGACAUUCUCGAUCAGCAUAUAGAACAAAGGCUUCCAGCCUCCGAACCUCCCCAACAGGACUUCACACCCACAAACCACAAAGGUUUGGCCCAACUCUGACCUCCCCAUCCUUGCUGUGUUGCAGACCUGGGCCGGAUAGGGCCCAGCAACAGAGCCUCUGCUGCCUUAGCAGCCCUGAGGAGGACCUACACACCACAAUAGCCAAGUGUCUCCCUAUAACUGAGUUAAGAGACUCCUGUGCAAG